AUGACGCCGAUAAAGAGAAUAUUACUGGAUAGUACUCAUUUUAUUGAAAUUCGUAAUUCAAUUCGGUCUCGUUCGGUAGCAUGGGUUGCGCUGGCAAGAUCUUCAGAAAUUAGUGAGAUUGAUGCAUCUAUUGCAAAAAAAUUGGAAACUAUACUAAUCAAGAAAAAAAGGGCUAAUGAUGAAGAUUAUAGAAUGGAAUUGGAAAAUUUAGACGUUACUGAUGAAAUUAUGACUUCGUUGAUUCAUUUAUUGGCAAAUUGUGAAAAUUUCGACGUUUUAAAAUCUGUACAAAAUUUAUUAGCUGAAUUAUUAUCUUGUGAAUAUGGGACUGUGGCAUAUAAGACGAUAAACUAUUUUCAGAGAAAUCCAGAUCAACUUGUAGAACUCUUCAACCUUACAUUCAAUGACGACAAUAGCGAGAAACUAUUCGAUAUUCAAAUGGUUCUCAUAUCAUCAUUCAAUGUGGUAUCUUUACUAAUCCAGAAUGACUUGAGGAACGAUGAUUUAGUUAAGAAAUUGUUGAACAAUGAAAAUUGCCUAAAUAUUCUACAAAAUGUAGAAAGAAUGGAUACUUGCUACAUUACCAUUAGAUUGUUACAAGAAUUAUCAAUUAUCAAUAGUUAUAAGACUAUUAUUUGGGAAAAUGAGUCGAAGAUAUUACCUACUAUUUUCCAAAUUAUUAAAAGAUCUAUCAGAAGCAGUCCUGGGAAUACCAGCAAUAUGAGAAAUGAGCCUAACACUGACAGUAGUGUUAUGAUCAAUACCAAUUCCAAUAAUUUGGGGAUACAAUUACAAUAUUACUCUUUAUUAUUUGUGUGGCUAUUGACUUUCAAUAAUAAGAUAGCCAGUGAAAUAAUUAAGAGAUAUUUGAAUGAAUUUUUAAAUCUUUUGAAGAUAAUUAAAGUAACAAUAAAGGAAAAGAUAUCUAGAAUCUCGGUGUCGAUUGUAUUACAAUGCUGUGAACCACAAAUUAGAGGUUCAAAAGAAUUUAUUAAGAAUUUGAUUUUACUAGGUAAUGGAAUUACCACGUUAGAUAAUCUUAUUGAAAGAAAAUAUUCAGAUGAAGAAUUGAAAGAUGAUUUAAUCAAGUUGAAAGAAAUUCUUGAUAAUGAAUACAGGGAACUAACAUCGUUUGAUGAAUAUAUUGCAGAAUUAGAUUCGAAAUUGAUCGUUUGGUCUCCACCACAUAUUGAUAGUGAUUUUUGGAUCAAUAAUAUUGAUAAAUUUAAAGAACAUAAUUGGAAAUUAUUUGAAAAAUUAAUUAAUCUUUUAUCAGAAUUUAAAGAUUUGAAUUCUGGUACUAAGAAUGAUAACGUCAUUAUACAAAUUUUACUGAAUGAUAUUACACAUGUGAUUGACUUGCUACCAGAGGAAAGUAUUGCCGUUUUGAAUAAAUUGAACGGUAAAGUCAUCAUCAUGGAAUUAUUGAACCAUAACGAUUCAAGAAUCAAGUUCGAAGCAUUGAAAGCCACACAAGCUAUGAUUGGAUACAAAUUCAAAUGA